AUGGGUUUCCCCCACCCGAACCCCGACAGCAAGCCCCUCAACGGCACAGAAUGGAGCUCCGCCAGUGUACCCUCAGCCCGCACAGACGAACAGGCCUUACUCACAUCCCUCCUUACCAAGACAGCCCUGAACAUCAUCGAUGUCUCGGCUGCAGACUCUCAAGGCAUGGAGCAGCAUGAGUACAUGGACAAAGCUCGGCAAUACAGUACAAAACUGGCCUUGUUGAGUAACAGUCAGUCUCAGAAGAAGCCCCUCCCUCUCCCUUCCCUCACCAGCCAGCCGCACCAAGUGCUCGCUAGUGAUCUGGUGCCAGACUCGGAUGUACAACAGGUGUCCAAGAUAGCUGCCUAUGCUUACAGUGCAAUCUCUCAGAUCAAGGUGGAUGCUAAAGAAGAGCUAGUGGUUCAAUUUUCCAUCCCCUGA